AUGUCUUUUCGAGGUGUAAGGCAGAGCAAAUUCCGUCACGUAUUCGGCCAGGCGGUGAAGAGAGACCAAUGUUAUGACAACAUUCGAAUAACAAAGAGCUCCUGGGACUCGACAUUCUGCGUAGUAAACCCAAAAUACCUUGCCAUCAUCACUGAGGCUGCCGGUGGGGGUUCUUUCCUCGUUCUCUCACUUGAAAAAACAGGGCGUGUGGAUAGGGAUGCCCCCCUGGUGGUUGGCCACAAGGCAGCCGUGCUUGACUUUCAAUGGUGUCCCCAUAAUGAUGACAUCAUUGCCAGUGGUUCUGAAGACUGUACAGUUAAAGUGUGGCAAAUUCCAGAUGGGGGCCUAACAAAAAAUCUCGAGGAGCCUCUGUGCGAUCUGGUCUUGCACCAGAGACGUGUUGGUCUCGUCGUCUGGCAUCCCACUGUUCAAAAUGUUUUGCUGAGUGGAGGAUCAGACAACAAGGUGAUCAUAUGGAAUGUUGGAGACGGAGAGCCCAUCUUCGAAAUUGACUUUCCCGACAUUCCACUGAGCGCCUCAUGGAAUUGGGUGGGGUCAAAGUUCGUGGUCUCUUGUAAGGACAAGAAGGUCAGGGUGGUUGACCCGAGGAAAGUCCAGAUUCUUAGUGAGGCCUGCUGCCACGAGGGCAACAAACCCACACAAGUUGUCUACCUGAAAAACGACACCAUCUUCACCACCGGGUUCUCAAAAAUGAGUGAGAGACAGUACGCUCUUUGGGAUGAGAAAUUGUCAAACAUGACCAUGCAAGAGGUCGACUCAAGCAAUGGCGUCAUGUUCCCAUUCUACGACCCUGACACUAAUAUCGUUUAUCUCUGCGGAAAGGGUGACAGUAUGAUUCGCUACGUAGAGGUGACAGACGAUCCUCCGUACGUUCAUUUCUUGAGUAUGUACCAGUCGUCUGAUCCGCAGAGAGGAUUUGGCUGGAUGCCAAAACGUGGGCUCAAUGUCAAUUCCUGCGAAAUCGCCAGAUUUUAUAAACUGCACGCCAAAGGCUUGUGUGAGAUCAUUCCUAUGACAGUUCCAAGAAAGUCUGAGUUGUUCCAAGAUGACCUCUAUCCCGACACUCUGGGUGACAUUCCAGCCCUGACGGCUGACCAGUGGCUGGCUGGCAAGGAUGCUGAACCCAUCCUGAUCCCAUUGAAAGAUGGAUAUGUGCCAACAAAGAAGACAGCCAUGAACAAAGUAACAAAAUCAGCAACAACAAACGUAUCCACCGUCAAACCAAACGGGGCAGCAGGCGCUGUCGUGAUGGAAGGCCUACUGGACGACAUUCGCAAGUUGAAGAUCAUAGCCAAGGGACACGAGCGUAGGAUCAAGUUUCUGGAAGAAAAGCUGGCAGCCUAUGAGAUGGAUGAUGACGAAGAUGACGACGAUGAAGCCGCUGCUGAUGACGAUGCAGACGCUGCCGGCAAAAAUGAAGUCAAGUAAUCGCGAUGACGACGACGACGAUGAUGAUGGUGGUGACGAUGAAUGAUGAUGGUGACGAUGGUAAGGUCAUUUGAAAUAACUGUCAUCACAAUGAUGAUGUUAUGAUGGUGGUUGUAAAGUAAGGCUAGGACAAUUAGGUCAAAUAACUUGUAUGAUGAUUAUGAUGAUGAUAAGUGAGAUGAUUAUGAUUAUGAUGAAAUUGAGUAGAGAAAAUAAUGAUGUCAGGUGGAGGAUGUUUAUACCUGAUGAACCAACCCAAAAUAUUAUCCGUUGUAGUAUUCGUUUCACUAUAAUAGUAUAUAUUUUUUAUGGCACGCUAUAUAUAUAUAUAUACAUAUAUAUAUAUAUAUAUACAUAUAUAUAUAUAUAUAUAUAUAUAUAUAUCUACUUAUUAAAUGUAUGUUUAUGUGUAAUAUACAUAUGUAUUUAUAUGUAUAUAUAUAUAUAAAUUUCCUAAUCUUAUCUAUGAGUUGUUGUGAACCUAAUGUAAAUGUAUGUGUAUGCGUGCGUGUGUGUGUGUGUGUUUGUGUCUUAUUAUUUCUAUUACAGGCUAUGU